UGAAUGCGGUUCAACCGACUUUUAUUUUGUAGGCUUUAUUUUGGCGAGUCUUACCGGAAGUGGCGUCCGCAGGGGAAAAAGGGUGUAAACAAAGCUGUGUGUCAUCAGCUGCUGUAACAUACCAGUUCAUCUGGAAGUUAACUGGAUCCUUCAGGUGGAAACUCGGGAAUGAUGAUGUUCUUGGCGCUGUGAACCGCGGAGGGAGCUGGCGGCAGCAGAUGGAGAAUGGAGACCUGGGUCACAUGAUGGGGGAGCCAGUGAGUCUGAACGUGGGCGGCUGUGUUUACAGCACGUCACUGUCCACGCUGAGGCGCUACCCCGACUCCCUGCUCGGCGCCAUGUUUAGAGGAGACCUGCCGACGGUCAAAGAUUCCCGCGGGAACUACUUCAUCGACCGCGACGGCCCGCUGUUCCGCUACAUCCUAAACUUCCUGCGCUCGUCGGAGCUGACGCUGCCCUGUGGCUUCAAGGAGACGGCGCUGCUCCGUAAAGAGGCGGACUUCUACCAGAUCGAACCCCUGAUCCAGUGCCUGGGAGACCCCAGGCCGCUGCUGCUGUACCCGACCGACACCUAUGAGGAAGUGGUGGAGCUGUCCAGCACCAGGAAGCUGUCCAAAUACUCCAACCCUGUCGCAGUCAUCAUCACCCAGCUCACCAUCACCACUAAGGUCCAGUCGGUGUUGGAGUCCGUCUCCAGCAGCUUCACCAAGUGGACCAAACACAUGAUGGACAGCAGAGACUUCCAGGUGUCCUUCACGUUUGGACCGUGUGACUACCAGCAGGAGGUCAGCCUGCGGGUCAACCUGCUGGAGUUCAUCUCCAAAGCCGGCUUCGCCAUCAGAAACACGCGGGUUCUUCACAUGAGCGAACGGGCCAACGAGAACACAGUGGAGCAUCACUGGACCUUCUGCCGGCCGGUUCAAAAAGGCGACUACUGAGGGUGUUAGAGAACCACUGGGUGGGUCAGAAGCUGAGCCUCUCUGGUUCUGGAUCAGGAACACAGAGGACAUCUUUGUUUUUCAAAGUGGAGGCCGCCAGGGGGCGCUGUGGGGCCU